AUGUCCUCUGUGAGCUCCUCCGCGUACUACGCCGACACCGGCGCGCCAAUUGCACGGCUCUCGGCCAAAACCUACUUCCAGCAGCUGUCCCGCAACGAGAAGCUGUAUGCCCACUACAUGGCCAAGGCGGGCCACUGGGGAACAAGGGCCGUUUUGCGCUCUGUCUCGCCCGAGUCGGAGCAGAUCUACGACCUGAUCCUGGCCACCCACGCCGCCGUCAAGGCCGACUAUUCGGGCCUCGAAAAGCAUCUGGGCAAGGACACCGUCAAAUGGUAUCUGGAGUACGCCUCGCAGUUUCUGGGCAAUUUGGGCAACUACAAGUCGUUUGGCGACGUCAAGUUCAUCCCGCGGCUGGCCAAGGGCGACUUCGAGACGCUGGUCGAGCUUGUCAACGACGAGGUGUGUCUGCAGCUGUUUGAGCAGGUCAAGGACGAUAUGUACGCCCUGGACUCGAAACGGGUGCUGUUGGGCUGGCCCGCCGAGGGCCACGUCACGGGCUACUAUCUGAACACCUUGACAAAGGCGGAGGUCGAGGCCGUCAACGCGGCGCUCGCCGCGCACGGAAUCAUGCCGGAAAACACCCGACUCGAGAAGAUGGACGACACGCUGUUCCGCGUGCACGUCGCGUCGGCCAACAUCUCGAACUCGACGGGCUACUACCCGGACACGAUCGAGUUUGAGACAGGCGGUAGACAGGCGACAAUCGAGUUCAAAUUCGGCGACCACUCGGCCGAGUUCGCCAAGAUCGUCGAGAACCUGGUCGAGGCCAAGAAGUACGUUGCCAACGAGACACAGCUGAAGAUGCUCGAGAACUACAUCGAGUCGUUCCAGACAGGCUCCAUGAACGCGCACUACCAGUCGCAGGUGCACUGGGUCAAGGACAUGGGACCUGCGGUCGAGACCAACAUCGGCUUCAUCGAGACGUACAGAGAGCCGGCCAACGUGCGUGGCGAGUGGGAGUGUCUGGUCGCGAUGGUCAACAAGGACCGGACGGCGAAGUUCGGCGAGCUGGUGCGCAAGGCCAAGGACUUCAUUGCGGAGCUGCCGUGGAGCAAGGACUACGAAAAGGACGUGUUCACGCCGCCGGACUUCACGUCGCUCGAGGUCCUGUCGAUGACGACGAGCGGCGUGCCCGCAGGCAUCAACCUGCCCAACUACGACAAGGUGCGGAUCAACCUCGGGUUCAAGAACGUGUCGUUGGGCAACGUGCUAAGUGCCAAGUCUGGCAAGGAGCCGGUCACGUUUGUGGACGAGCAGACGCAGCAGCUGUACGAGAAAUACCGUGCCGAGGCGUUUGAGGUGCAGGUGGGCAUCCACGAGCUGCUGUGCCAUGGCACCGGGAAGCUGCUGAUGGAGACGGACGACGGCAAGUUCAAUUUUGACGUGGAAAACCCGCCGCUUGGACUUGACGGCAAACCCGUGUCGACGUACUACAAAAAGGGCGAGACGUGGGGGUCGCUGUUCGGCUCUGUGUCGGGCGCGUUCGAGGAGUGCCGCGCAGAGUCUGUGGCCAUGAGUCUGUUCACCAACAGAACGUUGUUGUCUGUGUUUGGGUUCAAAGAGCCCAAGGAGCAGGACGAGGUGCUAUUUGUGUCGUAUCUGACAAUGUGUCGGGCCGGGCUGCUGGCGUUGGAAUACUACGACCCGGAAAAUAAGAAAUGGGGCCAGCCGCACUGUCAGGCCCGGUUUGCGAUCCUCAAAACGUACCUGGACGCCGGCGAGGGACUGGUCUCGUUGGAGUACACUCGGCCGGACUAUGACGACCUGGUGAUUAAGGUGGACAGGGCCAAGAUCGAGACGGUCGGACAGCGUGCGAUCGACGCGUUCCUCAAGAAACUGCACAUCUACAAGUGUUCUGGCGAUGUUGUGAACGGGACGAGAUUUUUCGUCGAGCACACCACCCCGGGCCCGGAGCUGCUCAAGUUCAGAGACGUGGUGGUGGCCAAGAAGCUGCCUAGGAAGCAGCUUGUGCAGGGCAACACUGUGCUGCGUGGGGACGACGUCGACGUGGAGGAGUACGCCGAGUCUGAGAUCGGCAUGAUUGAGUCGUUUAGCCGCAGAGAUACGUAA